GUGUCCGCUAGGGGGCAGUGACGGGUGCGCUCGUGUCCCGGCAGCAUUAGAGAGGAAGCAGGCGGAGUUCCGCACGCUUUAGGAGGCUUUUUAGCUGUUUCGGGAAUAAAAAGUAGAACUUUUCCGACAUCAUGAACGGAUCCGCACACAGCGCGGCGAGCGUUACAGAUAUUACACUGAAAAGAGGCCCGGCUGGUCUGGGGUUUAAUAUAGUCGGUGGAGUGGACCAGCAGUAUAUAAUGAAUGACAGCGGAAUCUAUGUGGCAAAAAUCAAAGAAGACGGAGCAGCCGCGCUGGACGGACGUCUGCAGGAGGGAGAUAAAGUUAUUGCGAUAAAUGGCCAGAAGUUGGACAGUCUGUCUCACGGUGCAGCAGUGGAGCUGUUUCGGUCUGCAGGGGAGGAUGUGCAUCUUCGCAUACAGCAGCGAUACUGGAUAAAUGAAUACACCUCCACUCUGGGUAUUGGAGUCUUCCACUCAGGAAUAGAGAUCUACGGCAGAGAGUUUGCAUAUGGCGGCCAUCCAUAUCCCUUCAGCGGCAUUUUUGAGAUCAGCCCUGGAAAUGCCUCAGAACUGGGGGAGACUUUCAAAUUCAAAGAGGCUAUAGCUCUGGGUACAACAGACUUUGCAGAGGAGGACAUUGAUAAAAUAAUGGAGGAGCUGGGAAAGGAGUUCAAGGGAAACGCCUACCACCUGAUGCACAAAAACUGCAACCAUUUUUCAUCCUCGCUGUCUGAGUUGCUGUGUGGGAAAGAGAUCCCGCGCUGGGUGAAUCGAUUGGCAUAUUUCAGCUCCUGUAUACCAUUUCUGCAGAGUUGUCUGCCUAAAGAGUGGCUCACGCCUGCCGCGCUCCAGAGCCAUAUCUGCAUGGGCCUUCGGAAGGAGAACACACACUCCCACACACACGAUUCCAGCGACGAUGAGCCCUCAUCUGCCCCAGAGGCAGCCGCUGGAACCUCACACAGCUGCAGACACACCCGUGUGUGAUCUCACAUACACACACAGUUUUACACUAAUUUGAACACACAUACACUCCAACCUCUGAUCCUGCUGCUACAGCGCCUCCUGCUGGGCUGGGAGACCUCAUAGCGUCUCAUGGCGUCUCUGAAAGGGGAAAUCAAAGUCAUGUUAUUUCUGUAGAGCCUACAGGGAUUUAAAAACCUUGCAAUGGUACUCUUAAAGUUUUAGAAUUGUUUGAUUUUCUACUGAGAUUUUAGGGAAAUCAAAACAGUGUUUGCCAUUUAGUGUUCUCUCUCUUAUAAGUAGGACAAUAAUUAUGAAUGAUGGGUGAACAUGAU